AUGGAUCUAUCGGAAAAACAUAUUAAAUUCCUUGCAUCAAACGUAAAUACAAAAUGGCAAGAUUUGGGAUUGGAACUCAGCCUUGACGAAGAUAUAUUGAAUGCAAUAUGUAAAGAUUCUGCAGACCCAGUACAACAAUGCCAUUCCAUGCUUCAACAUUGGAGAGCAUCCUGUAGACCAGGAAUCAAUCAAAUUGAUAAAAUAAGGAAAGCUUUACAAAGGAUUGAUGUUGGAGAUGACGUUGACAUAGUAAUUGAGGGUACUUGUGAUAUUCCGUCAAUCGUAGGUCGCCAACAAGACCGUAUCAGUCUUUCCGAUAAAUCAUAUCUCGGUAAUGCUGUUUUCAACCCAGUAGCAAAUGUAAUGAACGUAAUUAAUGUACAGACUCAACCAGUUUCAGAAGAAGAAACAACAAAUCUAACUGAGAAACAGGUUGAAAUGCAAGGUAUGAAAUUGAGAUUUGAUAUUAUUGAUGCUUUACAAACCAAGUACGAGUUUGAGACUUUCAUGUCUAUUACUCCUCACCAGUGUGCAUCACCGAGAAGAAUCAACCUUGAUGAACUGUAUACAGAUGCUGUGGUGGUUCAAUAUCCUAGAGAUGGCAAUGAAAAUAAAGCAAAGCCCAUUACAGUUGAUGAAAUAGGCCUACCUUUCAACAGGAGAAGAUCACAGGCGACAGCAUUCAGUGAGAAGCACAUUACUGGUGGUAAGCCGGACCUACAAUUUUCAAAACGAAUUCUGAUUCAAGGCCAACUCGGUUGCGGUAAAACAACUUUGAUGAAAAAGAUUGCGCAUUCAUGGACAAAAUGUGAUGGCAAAUCUUUGUUUAUGAAAUAUAUAGUCGUGUAUGUCGAACUUAAUAAAAUGAAUAGGCCUCUGCAACAACAAGAAGACUUCGUAAAUCAUGUUAUACAUAGAGUCUUACCAACGGACUUUCAUGAAAAACAUGAUAUAACAAGAGAUAUGCUCAGAAAGUUUAUAAUAAAAAAUGAUGAUAUGUUUGUGUUUUUAUGUGAUGGAUAUAAUGAAUUAUUAAGUAACGAAUGUUGUUAUGGCCUAAAGAGUGUAUUUGCUGGUGAAAGUCUACAGAAGAGCAUUGUUCUCAUUACCGCUAGACCUGGUAAUUUGGAGGAAUUAACUAAGUGUUGUGAUUGUCAUAUUAAAAUUAUAGGUUUUUCAACUGACCAUCAAUCUGAAUACGUAAAGAAAUUCUUUAAAGACGAGCCCGAGAAAGCUGAACAAUUUAUGGUACAGAGGUCUUUAUUAGAUCCCAUAAAUGAGAUAGUAGGAGAAACGCCCCUCUUUCUCUUCUACCUAUGUACUUUGUGGAAAGUGAAUCAACGAAUACCAACCAAAGUUAUUGAAUUAUACCGUGACCUAAUGGUUUGCAGAGCAAAUCAAACAAUUGGAAACAUAUCGGGACUAUGUUCUAGACGAAAGAAGGUAAAUUCAUUCAGUGACAUCGACGAGUCAUUUCGGAACGCCAUGUUAUAUAUUGGAAAAUGUGUGUUGAAGUGUUUAUUUGAGAACCGAUUUCGCAUCAACGAAAACGAGCUUUACGAUGAACAACUUACAGCGUCGUGUAUAAAAUACGGAAUGCUUAAUGAAAAAGCUAGUCAAUCGGAUGUAUGUCACCAAGUAAGCUUCGUGACAAUGCAUGCAUCCGAGUCGGAAUUUCUUGCCGGUUUCUAUGUAGCAGACGCUAUUAAAAGUGGAAAGGAUGAUAUUAAACAAACAAUUAUCAGUAUGCUAUCAAAUGCAAAUAUGAUACAAGUGUGCAAAUUUACUAUUGCUCUAUUGGGAAAAGAUGCUUGCCGUUUUAUGGAUUACUUUCAUCUAAAACAUUUGAACUGUUCCUUUUUGUCGGCUCUUUUAGAUGAGUGUCCGGAAGAUGAAGCUCGCAAUGUAUACGGAUCAAUUAGUUUGAGAAUGGAUCAAGUAUGUUCGAUUACGAUAUCGGACUUAGCUGGUUUGUCUGUUUGUAAGAAAAUUAACAAUUUUAAAAAUACAUGCGAAUUAAAUAUAUUUUCCAGUCAUAUGUUGGAUAGCAGAGACGCUAAUAUAAUUUUACACAACAUUCCAACUCUAAAGAUAUUCUCAUUGAAUGACUUGUAUGAUGAAAGCUUUGAGAAGUUUAUCUUGACGUUCCCUUUACCAUCUGAUUUGGAAGAAGUCAGAUUUACGGGGGAAAUACAGAGUAAAGACGCCUGUAAUAACCUUGCUAUGUUCUUAUAUAAUACUCAAUCUUUAAAAUGUUUAAAACUCCCUGUAAUAGGAUAUGGUCCUGGUCUCUUGAGAUUUGUGUCUAUUCUCUAUGGACAUGAGCAGUGUUGUGUUGGGUCAAAUAAGCACAUAGAACCAGUUAGAUAUAAGCAUAUGAAUCACGUCACAUUUACUUUGAAAAUGACAUAUGCACAUGAACACCGAAAUAAUGGAUAUGCAUUCCUUAUCAGCAGAUUUAUUGCACUGUGUCCGUAUUUGAAAUCGACUGAUAUUUAUGAAUCAAAUCAACAAUUUAGAAAAACUCUGUUCAGAAAACUUGUAGAUCUUCAUGUGUUCCGUGAGUACAUAGCACAUCAGUCAUUAUCCGAUACAUCAAUGUGUAUUGCGGGCAUUCUACAAACACCAUCAACAGAUAUGAAGUUUAUGGUAACGGCAUUUUUCUUGGCUCCGUCUGAUUCACACAUGACAAUAAUAGUUGAAGUAAAUGAUAUCGGCCUAGGUGCUACGUUAAAAGUAGAAUGUCCGCAACUCUUAUGGUUGGCAACGCCCUUCCAAAUUAUGUCACAGAGUACGUGUAAACCCCGUAAUGAUCUCUACCUUUCAUGGCAUAAUAACCUACAGUUUGAUCCAAGUACAAGGGAGGUACCGGUAGAUGCUCUGAUUUCAAGUCUCUGUUACAAAAGGAAGUUAAAAUCGUUGUCACUGCCAUGUGAAGCAUUGACUUUAAACAUGCUGAGCAUCGGAAAGACACCCUUAAAAGUUUCAGACUUGACAUUCACGCUCAAUAACAUGGUGACCGAUCCCCUUGAGAUUAAUUCCCUUUUAGAAGGCAUAGGAAUGAUAUUAUCUCGGUUUUCGUUUGUUAGCUCUGUUACAAUUCCUCCAUUUGAGCAUGUUGUGACCCUACUGUCCGAGAAAAAUCUAAAGCUACAAACAGCGGAGAUAUUGACUAGAUUAAAUAUAUCGAUUGGAGACCCGUUGACAGAUGUUCAUGCCUGUAAUGUUCUUGCCAAAACCAUCGCAAAUAUGCCAGAUCCUUGGUCCAAUCAUAUGGAUAUUGAUAGUGACGGCACACUCUCAUUUACAUUACCAAAUAUGCGUAGCUAUAAAAAGAAUACAGUGAGAUGCACAAGGCAUAAGCUUCAAAGACUAAUGAACGUAAUGAAAUUGGGGCUUAAAGUCUACCUGUAUGGAUUUCCUCCAUGUCGUAUUCGACAAUUUCUGGAUUUCCUCCGAAAGCUAAACGGCAUUUUACGACUGAAAAGGGCAUUUGUUCAUCCUUGCAUAAUGUUUGGAAAUCCCUAUGCCGUAACUAUAUUGUCAGGAUUUACAGAGAUAAACAUUUUGAAGGUAGUGGCAUUCCCUUUACAGAGCGACAGUGAACAACGCAAGAACUUUUUUUGUCACACUGAGAAAAUCACAAUUACAAAUAACACUAUUGAAGGAACUGUGAAGAUGAAUGCACCAGAAUUUGUCGCGUUGGUUAAAAGUACGGCCAGUUCAAAUGCGCUACUUCCAAGCUGGAAUAUGUUACUUUCAUUGUCCAAACACUUGCCACUCAACAACUGUUUAAAAAAAUCGCAAGUUAUUUCAAACUUUCAACAGCAUUACCGUUUUAAGGAAAUCGUAGAUAUUCUUCGAAGUUGCAUAAAACUAAAGGAAAUUGAUUUCCGAAAAUGUUUUUCGACUUCAGAUGACUACAACAGUUUUUUGUCUUGUGUAAAAAAUACAGGCCUAAAUCUGCAAAAUCUGAAUUCAAUUAACUUUAGCUGUUCUGCAUCUAUACAUACUUCUGUUUUUUUCUUAUUAAGAUGUUUUAAGUCAGUCUCUAAAUUGAGUAUGCGUAACUUUAAGCUCAAAUGUGAACAAAUUUGUGAUCUUUCGGCCGGAUGUAAUCUCACAGAGUUAGUUGUACAAUGUAAGUUUGACUCAGGCAUUGUCAUUGGAGAAGCUUUCAUGAACUUACCUAAAUUGCGCGUUUUCGAUGCAUCAAUGUGUGUUAUUGAUGGCUCUACCUACAUGAACUUUGUAGGCCACGUUGUCUCUCAUCAAGAGUUUGUCCAUUGCCACUUAGAAGUUAUGAAAUUUUCUAAAUUCAGGAUAAAAUGCAAGUACGAUUCAUCUAAAAUAGGGGCUAUGCAUGGUCAAUUCAUUUUUCAAUUACACAAACUCAAGUGGAUUGAUGUGUCCAGAUUUAAAAUGGGAACAUUUUUUUUAACCCCAUUUUUAGUUUCGAUGAUGCAACAAAAAGAGGCUCAUUAUGGUUUGAAUUUUUUAGAUAUUUCUGGACAUCGAUUUAACAUAGGGGAUAUGUCAAACUUAGCCAAUGCACUUCUUCGUCUUCCUAAUCUAAGUGCAAUUAGUUUAGCUAUGUGCAAGAUUCCAACGUAUGUCUGCGAGUUCUUCGGCUGCAGAACACAAAUCUGUAAACUAAACUUGUCAGGUUCCCAAUUUAAGUUCAACAGUCAACACAUUAACUUAGUUGAAUGUUUUGUAAAAUACUCUCCAGAAGACAGUGUAGGUCUGAAUUUAAGUAGGCCUAUGCCCGAAUCCAACGCUUAUGAGUUACAUAGGGAUCUGUUCCGCAAGUUGCACAGUGGUUGCGCAGGUGCUAAUCUAAGAGUUCUCAAUCUCAGUCGUAAUAUGUAUUUACGUUGUUGCAUGAGAGAUCUAGCAGUCUGCAUUCCCUUUCUACCAAGUCUAAAAGUGCUGUUAAUGAGACGCAGUGAAUUGACUGGAGAUCAUCUGCAGACUUUUGUAUGUGUGUUGCGUGACGAGGGAUCGAGACACUCGCUUCCUCGACUAACUGAGAUUGAUAUGUCGUAUACACGAUUUCGAAACAGGAAGGUAGGAGGUAAUUUAGUUUCGCUUCUGGAAAUAUUCCCAACGCUUGAAAUUUUGAGGUUGGUUACUUGUGCCAUAAGGCUAGCGAUUAUUUACAACUUUGUUGAUAACUUAGAAAAAAUGGAAGAAAAACCCCAGGAAUUAAAGAGCUUGAUACUUUAUAAUAAUCCUAUUUGUGAUUAUGAAAUCUAUUCAACCGGGAUUUGGAAGUAUUUGCCAUUAUCAUGCGAUAUUGUAUUCAUUAGUGACGGUGAGCGUGUAAUACAAGAGAAGAAACUACAGAGACGUAUACGAAUUCGGAGUGCUAUGCAACAAUUGGAGUCUGUUAAUAUUGAUGUAUUAUCGCUGUCGCAAAUGAGAAACAUGAUUGCUCAGUUAGUGUACAACCAUUAUUGAAAAAAAAUUAGGCAUGCUCGAAUUUGUAAUAUACUUGUUUACUUUGUUGAUAUAUUAUAAUUUGGCGAAAAAUCUUUCAAAAUGCUACAGUGCACCAAUAUCAAUAUAACGACAACGAUAACGAAUACGAAUACGUCAUUAUCAUUAUCGUCAUUCGUGCCUAUAACAUUCUUAACAAUAUGUUGUAUGAGCUGAAUAUGACCCUUGAUUCAUGCAAAAGACAUGAAUCUCCUACGUUGUGACAGAUACGCUACUGUAGGGGAAGGGUUGUUUAAAUAUUGAUGACAAAACCGUAUUCGUUAUCCCUUUCGUAAGCUUGCGAAAACUCUACUUUAUCAUAAGCAGUAUCGUAAUCAUAAUUUUCGUAUCAUUAUUAUCAGGGGUGGUGCCGGCCGGUGAAGAAGAGGGGAGAGCCCCGUCGGGGAGAGUUGUUCCCCCCCCCCCCCGACCCAGUCGGGGAGAAAAACCAAAAUUUGUCCGAGAGAAAAAAAUUACAUGUAUGUUCUACAUGUUAUUGGUAGAUUCUCGAAAAUUGAUUAAAUGAGCCUUUGAAACCCCUAAAUUUUCAUAUUUGUGGCCCCGGGCCACUUUCGAAAGAUUUUGAUCGACGCCCGACCACCCCCAAUUUGGUCUCGUUGGGGACAUUUUCCCCAGGGGAUAUCGAACCCACCGUAGGUCAAAUUCUGGCGCCGCCCCUGAUCAUCAUCAUCGUCAUCAUAAUUAUCAUCAUCGUCGUUGUCGGGUUAGUAGGCCUAUUAUAACUAGUUAUUGUUAUUCUUAUAAUGUUGAUGUAGGUCUAUUAUGUAGCUUGUGUAAUGCAACUGUUAUUAAAACGUGAAAUAUUAUUAUUAUUAUUAUUAUUAUUAUUAUUAUUAUUAUUAUUAUUAUUAUUAUUAUUAUUAUGCGGACACGCUAUAUGAGAGCAUUCAGUUGACCAAUAUGCAGUAUCUAUGGUGUUGUGCUAUUUGUGAAAAUAGAAUACCCUGCCCAGAAUGUUAAAUAUAUCAUAUACUGUAUAACAUUUUGUAGUUUUAUUAACAUUGGCUGCUUUUUUGUAAAUGUUAUGUUUUAAUUCUCAGAAAUAUUGAUGUUUUAACUAGUAUUUUGCAUUGUAAAUUUUGAUGGUACACUACAAUUAUUGUAUUUCCAUUACAAUCAUCAUCAUCAUUAUUGUUAUUAUUAUUAUUAUUAUUAUUAUUAUUAUUAUUAUUAUUAUUAAUCAAAUGCACGUUUUGACAAUGUUUUCGUAGAUGCUUUUAAAAUUUACAUAUAUAUUUAUAUAAUGAAUGCUUAUAUUUACUUUACUUUAUUAUGUAAUCACUGCUCUCAUUGGCAUCAGAGAGCCACUAGAACGUGAUUUAGUUUACUUUUUCGCAAUCAAAUUGAGGUAUUUUUCUCACUCUGUCAUUUUUUUUGUCAGUUUUAUUGUUCUUUGGACCAAAGAAAUGAAAUGAAAUGAUUUUGAAUAAAUAUACCAUUAUGAAUGAAUGCAAAAAAACAGUCCGCCCUCCAAUUCCAGACAACUCUGUGUAUCUGGAAUUUGGGGGUGAUCUCGGGGUUCGGUCUCAAAUUAGAAACACCUAAUUAGAGACCACAGACUUGAAGUAGUCUCCAAGCAACGUAAUUGGAGGGUAAUCGAACCUGAAACCUCUAAAUGAAGACCGAAAAUAAAAGUGGUCUCCAAAAGACAACAUGGGAUAACCAUUUAUUUAUUUUAGAGAAACUGUAUUUGCUUUUAAAUUUGUUUUGACCAACCUGAAGCUGUUAAAAACACAUUGAAAAAAAUUAUGAACAGCUUACUGUAAAGUAAACAUUUACACUUUAUUUGCCUAAAGUUAGUCUUAGGUAUGUAAGUGUGCAUCCUUUACAUAAAGAAAGACGUUAUUUUCUUCUGUGUUACUUGGCCUUUCCUAAUAUUUCCAAUCGUCAAUUCUCCAAUGAGUUUGAAAGUUCCUCAUGGCCAUGUUAAAGUGGGGGAUAGAAGCCCCUUAGCUAAACUCGUUGAUCAGGGGGUGGGGCCGACCAAGAACUGGAAGGGCCACGUCCACCUCAGUACCGCCAUUGUUGGAGCUAAAUUUGAAUGGCCCUUCCCCCUCCCUCUUUGGCUACGGGCUUGAUAUCCACUUCUUUUCACGUCAAAGCGAAUACCAACAGGGAAACACUCAGAUGACACUCUCCUUACAAAUCUUUGGUAGUUAUGAUGACGAUGAUGAUGAUGAUGAUAAUAAUAAUAAUAAUAAUAUUAAUAUUAAUAUUAUUAUUAUUAUCAUCAUCAUUAUCAUUACCAUUAUUAU